AUGUCGCACGUCUUCUUCCGCCGCAACUACGCCCAUGUCCGCGAGCUCGACCUCAGUGAGAUCAGCUAUCUCGAGGGUGACCCCGAGCAUCGGUCUCGGGCAGACCUGAACUACACCCCUGUGCCCGACGACGAGUUCCUCGAACUCUUCAGUACCGCCUUCAACAACCACCCUUCUGCGUCAAGCAUGAUGGUUGAACUGAUGCUCGANAUAGACUGUACCCGCGUCCGCUUUGUUGGCGGUCUUCCCAGGGGCUUUGCUUGCUUCCAGGCUCCUAGACGGGAAGGCAGACAUGCCGACAGAUACAUCUACGGCCACCACGAGAGCAUCAGAAACAAGUUUGGAACAGACAAGACGUUCAAGUCGCUCAAGCAGUUUGUUCCUCAUGUCUUUUGGAUCAUCGUGGAUCAGCCUCUUGCCUACAAUCGUCCUAGAGGCUGUCUGUGCGAGCUUUGUGCAAUUCAAAACUACAAAUGA